AUGGAAGAAUUGAUGUGUUUCGAUUGCAAUGCGAAGAAUCCUACUUGGGCGUCGGUGACGUACGGGAUCUUCCUGUGUAUUGAUUGCUCUGCUGUUCACCGGAGCCUCGGGGUUCACGUCAGCUUCGUUAGAUCUACAAAUUUAGAUUCAUGGUCUCCUGAGCAGUUGAAAAUGAUGGCCUUUGGUGGAAAUAACCGUGCGCAAGUUUUCUUCAAGCAGCAUGGAUGGACUGAUGGAGGCAAGAUUGAGGCCAAGUACACAUCAAGGGCUGCUGAGUUAUACAAGCAGUUGCUUUUAAAAGAAGUUGCUAAAAGUAAUGCAGAAGAAGCAGUUUUACCUUCAUCUCCUAUUGCAUCUCAGUUAAUACAACCUUCUAACAAAUUUCCUGAUAGUAAGAUCAGUGAAGCCCCAAUAGGAAGUUCUGUCAAUGAUUCACCAGAAGAAAGUUCUUCAGUAAAGCCUGAAAAAACAGAGAUUUCUGCCUCAACAAAAACCUCUCAAAUAGUUGUCACUACAAUUGUGAAGAAGCCUCUUGUUGCAAAGAAAACUGGGAAGGUGGGGGGCCUCGGUGCUAGGAAGCUUACUACUAAGGCACAGCAAGAUAUCUCCUCUCUUAAGAAUAUUGCAGGAGAAACCGGGAAGAAGCUCAGCUCCCUGGCGUCCAAUAUAUUUACGGAUAUUCAGGACCGAAUCCUCUGA